AUGCCCCUUGACCUAAGCUACGAAGACAUAUGUGCGAAAUUCGACCGCCUCAUCUCCGAUGGCAUCAUAAACUAUCAACCCAGCAAACCAAUCCUCGUCACAGAUAACGGGAUGAUCUUCUCCUUCCAUCUAGUGGAAUCACUCAAAAUCAAACCCCAGGCUGAAGAUGCACCCGAAACGACCAAAUCAAGCCUGAUAAAUGGCGUCAAAGCCCAGCCUAUGUCUUUCGGCCCCGGCAGCGAUAUAGCAAACGAUCACCCUGAUAUGUGUAUCACGAUGGUGAAUGAGACGCAUUACCUGGUUAUGAAUAAAUUCCCUGUUUUCCGCCCCAUGCUCCUCCUGUUAACGGUCGAUUCAUAUCGUCGACAGCACGAGCCUCUUGUUCUGGAUGACAUAGAGGCUGGGUGGAGUGUGAUCUGUGGUUUGAACGAGGAGCAUUAUGUUUUCUUUAAUUGUGGUGAAUUGGCGGGCUGUAGUAGGGAGCAUAAGCAUUUGCAGGUUGUUCCGGCCCCCGGGAGGCAUGAGGGGUAUGAUGAAGGGUUCAAGUUCUUUCCGGAUGAUGAUAAGCAGAUGGCGCCGAGGAUUGUGCAUUUUAUGCAAAAGUUUGAAGAGUUACCCGGCAAUCGGGUGGAAGGUGGUGAACAUUUGCUAGAGGUUUACCAGUGUCUUUUGCAACAAGCGAGAGAGGCGCUUAACAUCUCGACAGAUGUUCCCUGUCCGCACAACUUCGUUCUUACGAAGAGGUGGAUGGUGGUUAUUCCGCGACUGGCAAAGGAGUUCCAUGGCUUCACGGCGAAUUCACCUGGGAUGAUGGGGUCAGUUUAUAUUUGGACUCAGGAGCAACUGGAUGCAUGGAAGCGAAUCGGGCCUAUGAACAUCCUGAGGGGUCUAGGGCUGCCGAGGGGAGAGUGA